AUGAGAAAUUUAAGACAACCAUAUUUCAAUACAUAUAUAAUGCAAACAUCAGGUGCAAAAAAUGCAAAUUUCGAGUAAAAUUUUUUUUUUCGUCUUGUAUGACUAGAUAGAGCUCGACGAGCUGAGUAAAGAUAUGUAUUUUAUCAUUUUGUUUGAAAGCUAUUUGAUUAAAAACUCGUUUGUUUUACUAAAGUGCGUUUUUCAUGCUAUAUAACUGAUACAUUUUUUCAUGGCAUGCUGAUUGUAAAACUCAUAUGUUCAGAUUUGCCAUGAAAAACUGAGUCUGUGAGAAUAAUUUAAUAGCUAUGAAAUCAUGAGAAAGAUUUUCUAAGGAUCUGUUACUUCCGGUAAAUGUCAAGAAAAUAAAAAUAAUGUUAGUUCAUAAUGUAGUUGCACCCACAUAUUCAAAAAUUAUUUUCGAAAACGAAAGAGUAGAAAUUGUAUCAUCAUUUAAAUAUUUAGGUGUUGAAAUAAGAACUAAAAUGAGAUGGAGAUUGUUUAUUAAAACAAGAUUAUUUAAAAUUUGAAAUAUAUAUAGUGCACUCAGAAAGAUGUAUCGAAUAAUUUUCUUAGAGAAAUAUUAUAUUAGAAAAAACGUAUUCUGUGCUUUUGCACUACCACACUUUUCUGGUUAUUUGUAACAUGAUUCCGUUGUCACACAAAAGCCAAAAACAAGAAAUUGAACAUGUAUAUUGUGCAGGAAUAUGUUUAAUAUAUAAUCUAGUGGGAUGAAAAGACUACUUGUAUGACUACUGAAAAAAGUUUAUGAAAGAUGUGAAUGAGUGUCCUGAAGAAAACGGAUAUAGACGGACUUAUAGAGUGUAUGUGAUUUGUAAAGCAUCAGAUAAAGGCUUCUUAAAGUCUAUGAGCUUAAGAGAGAAUAACUUUUUUAUGAAUCGUUUUAUACAGAAGGCACAUUAUACAAACUUCAAUAUUUUUUCUUUCUUUUGUGUUCAUGAAUGCUA